AUGAUUGCUCUACUGAGUCUAAAAGAUGGCCUCUUGGCCAGCAGAGCGAGUGGGAUACCACGCACUCUGGUGCGUUUCAAACACGAGUAUGCUCCCCGGUUUAAAGAAGUACAGAAAAAACAAAAAGGAAGAGUCCCCGUGAGAACAGGUGGGUCGAUCAAAGGUUCUACUUUGCAGUUUGGCACGUAUGGGAUGCGUCUCAAGACAGAAGGCACAAGGUUGACUGCCCAGCAGUUAAAGGAAGCGGAUAACGCAAUCAUGAGAUACGUGAGACCACUGGCAAACGGCAAAUUGUGGAGAAGACUCUGCACCAACAUUGCGGUUUGUAUAAAAGGUAACGAAACAAGAAUGGGUAAAGGUAAGGGUGCGUUUGAUCAUUGGAUGGUGCGUGUACCUACUGGGAAAGUAAUAUUUGAAAUGAGGGGCGAUAAUCUGCAUGAGAAAGUUGCACGUGAGGCUUUCAGAAAGGCUGGGUCAAAGCUUCCCGGUGUCUACGAAUUCAUAUCAUCAGACUCUCUGAUCCGAGUUGGUCUCCACGGGUUCAAAGACCCCAAAGAUGAUCCAAAGAUAAAUUACUUGGAAAAGCUUGUCAACAAACCGACAAAAGAAUUCUUGAAUAUUCAAAAAUCUAAAGAUCCGCAAUAUAGGUUAUUCAAGGGUCGUUGA